CGAGGUAUACUCAACUUAAGCUAGGUCUAUUGAAAGCUUGAACUAAACAGACCAGGCGGGUUCACGCAGGAGUUUGUAUUGAGGCACCAAAAAAAAAAGUAAUUUAUUAGGACAUAAAAAAAAAAUAAAAAUUGUUAGGGGCCAACAAAUCAAAUAGAACUGAGAGUACUAAAGAUUUGUAACAGAAGGAGAAAUAAAAAAAACAUAUUCAAAUAGAAAUAUCUAGGGUCGAUCAUUUCACCUAUAGAUUGUAUAUGGGAAAAGUUGCCACCACAUUAUGGAAACUUUAGAACUUCGAUUUGGAUACGAGCCCAAGACAAACAGUAGGGCGUUAAACGAAGUAUUGAUAAAUUUAUGGAAAGUUACUAGUAAUCCUCAUUUGGAGUUAUUAGAAGGAAAUACCACCUCGAAUUCAUAUAAACGUCUCAACUAUCGAACGUGGAGAUUACUAAAUACCAAUAAGCCGGAAUUAAUGGUUGAGAAAUCUUUUACAAGUAUAUUAAAAUCAGACACCAUGUUGUCAGAUGGUGUACCAGCGGAGAGCCAGUAUUUAUCGAAGCGAACUUCCUUAUUUCUGGAUACUUCUAAAACUACAUUAUUUCUGCAUAGUUCCAAAAGUUUAAAUGGCAGUGCUGGUUCACCUGAGACUACUGAAAUUUCUGAUAUUUCCGACAUUUCGGAAGAAGAAGAUGCUGUAGAAGAGGAUGAUUAUUAUGAUUCAAGUGAAGAAGAACAAGAACAAGAAGAAGUACAAGAAGAAGUACAAGAAGAAAAAGAAGAGGGUAAAGAAUCUGUAGUACGGGGAGAAGAACCUUUAAAACGAUCUACAACUUCAUUUGUUCGUGGGUUUUCCCCAAAUAAUUCAUCAUCUAUAUCACAAUUUACUACUCAUCUUUUACAGAGAAAUCAUGAAAAGAAUACAAAAGUGUUUUAUAUAGCGAAUUCUCCAUCACCUCCACAGAAAUCUGGGAAAUCUCCGAGUGAUUUAACACCAGGACAUCCUACUACCUCAACGGAAGAUGAAGGUCGCACCAGAAGUGAUUCAUUAUUCCAAGGGAAUGAAGAGAGAAGUAGGAAACAAAAUGGGAUCCUGAGUCGUAGAGAAUCUUGUUCAUCUACAGAUAUCUCUGAAAAUGAUAAUGAUAAUGAAAGUGAAUGGUUAUCUGUAUCAUCUGAAGAUGAACAAGAUACCAUACAAACGAAGAAACAAGAAGAAUUGGUAUUCAAUAAAAGAGUUGUAGAUAUACCUAGUCAUAACAUACCAAUUACAAAUGGGAAAAGCGAUAUUAAGGACAAAUCUAAUAGUGUUGGAAGUGGAUCAUAUUCUCAACCAAGAUCUUUAUUAUCUGGUUUGUUUUUAAAUAAAAUGGCAGAUGGUGACUAUGGGAAACCUUCAUUAUUAAAAAGAGCAUCAACUCUGGAUGUUAUGCGAGCAAAUAAUGGAGAAAGACCAUCAAUACUCUUCAGUAAAAGACAUAAUUCACUUAUUAAUAUUGGACUGAAUUCUGUUGGAAGACUGGGUGGAGGGAAUGAAAAUGAAAUGGAACCUAUAGUUGGAAUUUCCGAUUUCAAUGUAGUUAAGCAACCCAGUUUGAGAUCAUUAUCAGUCAAUUCGAAUUCUACUGUAAAUAUGAUUCAAGAAGAAGAAGGUGGGACUGGAUCCUUUGAUAAUGUACCUGAAACUUUAUCAUCAAGUUUGAAUAAAUAUUCAAAUUCAAUUAAUGGUGGAUCAUCAUCAUUAUCAAUCAAUAAUCUUCUUCUGAAAAGUUCCAAAAAUAUUUCUGGAUUAUUCCAUUCAUCUAGAGCUGGAGAAAUCCCGACUCGAAGAAGUUUCAUGAAUGGGUUGUUUACUAAACGAACAGCUGAUAAUGAUGAUGAUAAACUGCCUCUGUUAGGAUCUGACAGUGGAUCUGGUGAAUCUAAAUCAAGUCCAACUGGAGUUGAUUCUGGUUCUAAUAAGGAGAACAAAACAAAUGUAAAUAAACAACAAAUAAAACAAACGGUACUUGUUGAAGGAACUUCACCUAAUAGUGCAAUGGAAAUUUUACAUUCAAUCCCAAAGAAAACAACAACUCAAUCACCAAAGAUAACUAAGACAGGACCAUAUUUGUCCUCAGAGCUAAGUGAGUCUUUGAAAGACUCGAUAAAAAUCGACUACAAAUUAGGUAAAAUACCAUUACCAGAAAAGAUUGUUAAGAACAUCAAUAUAGAAAAGGUGUAUAUUGAAGAUGUUGAUGCGGAUGACUAUCAUUCAAAAGGUUGGUAAAAAGGAACGGGCU